UUCUAACCGGCCAACGUGGGGCGAACAUCCCCCGGCGGCUUUGCGCGUCGCGUCGCCUACCUGACAUCUCGCAGCGACUGUUUUAGCCUGUUUCCACUCGACCACCAAGACUUGCAGCGCGGGCUUGGCUGCAAGACGUGUUCCAAUCUAUGCUUCAUCGCGGCCUGAUCUUGCAGGUCCUAUGCAGGAAGCUUUGCGUGUCCUGCUAACACGCCUCUUGGCAGGGUCUUGCGCUUGCGAUCGCCGCAGGGAACGAAGCAUCGGCGGUAUCCCACGCACCCACAACCCCAUCUCCUGCAGCGUCUCAACCUCGAUUAGUCUUUCCUUUUGCUCAUCCAACACACACCUGCAGUGUCAGAUCAGUGGCACGUGCUACUCUGCCCUGCUCUCGCCCUGUGUAAUAAAGAUUCGGUGAGUACCCAUCUAACCUUUGGCCAAACUUCUCUGGUUGCAUUCCCCGAGCCCUCACCAUGGGCCCUUCUACUUUCAGUGACGACCUUCCUACAUCCCUGGCGGACCUGCUUUCCAACACCUUGAUCCUGCGCCAAACUGCGCCGUACCUGCCAAUAUCUGCUCUCCGUAACCUAUCGCGAACUUGCAAAUCCCUACACCAUGUUGUCUUCCAGUCGCCAGAGGCCUUUCGUUACCUGGAUCUCUCCCCAGUGAAGUCUGCUAUUGUACCUUUCGAUGGGCCUCUUGAUAUCGGCGGUACCAGUUUCCGCGCUGAGCGAAUGGACGAAGCCCUCACCGAAGACGACUUCUACAGCGGCCCGCUACGCCACAUCUUCAACAGACUCGAGAAGCUGCAUGUCCUACGCAAUGUGCACACGCUCGUACUAGACGGGCUCAGCGUGACAGCCGAAUUGGUCAAGGAACUACUUACUGAGGAGCGCUUCAACGUCCGUAUACUCUCGAUUCGCGAAGCCAAGCAUUUGAACGAGAGGAAGCUUCAGCAAUACCUGCGAUAUGCGGUCCGACCGUCCAGGCCUGCGGGUACGCCUCGAGUCAAAGGCAUCUACAUCUUUGGCACCCGCGAUCGAACACCGCGCCCUGCGUCGCCCGUCACGAAGAAGCCUUCUCCACAUAUUCCCAAGGGCGUAACGACUUCACAAGGGGCGCAGAUCGGGGCGCAGUGGAACGAGAAGUCGCAGCAGGCCUUGGAAGCUGUGUUAGCGCGGACCGAGGACAAAUGGUACCAGUCUUCUGGCAAGAUCAUACCUAAGCGGCCGUCGCCGGAAUGGGCAGAGAUUCUCCAGGCGUGCGAAGGCAUCAUCGCAUUCGAUGCCGUCCUGUGUAGAGGACCGCGGCACGACCCAGGCAAGGCGUACGUCAGAGAUGCGACCGCAGAUGGAGCAUCUCACCCGUCCUCGUUCCUGCGGCCUACAGUAGCCACUGUCGCAUUGGGCCCAUCUGGCUGCGAAACAUGCCACUCCUCUCCAGAAGGCCCAGCAGUAUUCGGCGACUCCAGCCCGUCCCAUCAUCCAUUACUCAGCCCAGUCCCACUGCACGGGUCCUCGGUCCGCGCCGCACAGAUACCACACACUCUAGAUGGAUCCGCCCCUCCGCCUCUCAUAGUGCGAUGCGAGGACUGCCUGAAAGGACGCUGGUGCGAGAGAUGUCACAAGUGGUGGGACGAGGACUGCUACACUGGAUCGGUCACCGCCCAACGUACGGAAUUACAGCAGACGGAGCUUACCGAGAGCUUCAAACCCGACGGGACCAGUCAACUGCUCCCGAAGCAAACCAUCAAGGUUAUCGGCGUGAGACGUGACUGUUUUGGCUGUGGCCAUACGUGUAUUAGCUGCAAGGAGCUUUUCAUCCGCACCUGCGGGAAAUGCAACAACGAGUAUUGCCGUGAAGAUAACGACGCGUCUUCUGACACCUUGUGCGACUGGUGCAACUAUACUUCACGAAGGACCAGGGAGAUGUAUUGAGCUUGGCUUUCGCCGCUUGAGUAGAGCUUGGAUACCUCCUCAGCCAACAGCAAACGUGCCGCUUGCUAGCACGGCUAUCGCUGGGUUUAUGAUUUAUGAUUGAUGACUUCCCUCCCCUCUUAGUAUUAGGACUAGAUACCCCCCUCAAAUCUAUGGACACAAUUGUUGACGCUACGUCUUCAAAUUAAGAAUCGCACUUGUGUGCUCGUUCCUUCUUUCACUUAUGUAUCAUGCAGGAUAUGGGCGUAGUUGGUCUAGCUCGUUUCGACUGCUCUGAUUUUGUGGCUCAGAUGCUUGUACAAUCACUCUUCGACAUGAAACCAGAACUAGAUUUCGAAAUGAGGGCGAAGAGUGCAUCUACCAAUAGUUUGAACCAUCGUACCAAG